AACAUCCGAGUCCGUUGCCGUUUUCUGGAGACGAAUGCGUCGCUAAUGUCGCGCAUAUCUUGCAUCCCGCCGAGAUGUCGCAGUGCCACCGAAAGCCUCGCAACGAUCGUGCGUCGGAAUCCGGCGGAAGAUUAGCGACGCCAUCUAAGCGAAUACCCCCAACAUCCGUGCGGAGAAUCCCAUCCACCAGCCAUGGACAGGAAUAGCGUGUUCCUGAUCCUCGCCUUUAGUCUACUGCUGAUCCUUGAGCUCCUGGCUGCCGUGGAGGCGAGUCCUUGGACGAGACACAAUAGCAAUGCCCACCAGACGAGGAGGCGCUCCGGUCCCAGAAACCAGUGUCCAAAGGUCAAAGCCAUUCGAAACUUCGACAUUGAACGGAUGAUGGGCUGCUGGCACGUGGUACAGUACUACGCUUCCACGGAGGAGCUUCCGGAAUACGCCUGUAUGCGCAGUCACUUUUCCUUCUCCAAGGAGGAUCAGCAUAUCACGAUGAACUUUAGCUACAUAUUUGCGGAGGAUCCGCUGCGGGAGAAACUCCAGGGCAACAUUACCUGGAUGAUACCCAAGUUCGCGGAGCCCGGUCAUUGGCAGCACACCGAGGAUAUAUAUGAAGGCGUUUAUAAUACCUAUGUCCUGGACACCGACUACGACAACUGGGGACUGGUAAUGCACUGUGCCGAGAAGAAGAAGCAUCCGCGUUACCUGUCCGCACUGCUUCUGGCCCGCAAAACGGAGCUGGCUCCGAAUGAGAUCACCUUUUUACGAGAAAAGCUGCCCCAGGACAUCGACAAGUCGUUCAUGUUCAAUAUCGGCCAGGGCUCGUGCGAGAAUCUGAUGGAGUCCAGUCAGGACGAUCCGCUGGCCUACGUGAUAAACGGUCGCCAGAAUGCCAGAGAAAUAUUCAAGGUUGUCAACAAGCUGUGACACAAUAUCCAUGCAUAAAUAUCAGUAUAACUAUCUCUGUAAAAAAGGAAAAGUAUUUAGCAUAUUAAACUUUCAAUAAAAAGCCCGCCAAAACAAA